CGAGCUUUCCGCUGCACCCUGAAGGCGUCCUGACCGUUACCCAGCAGCACGUUACAGGCUGUCUGGUGCCCGACCCGCGGCAGUGUGUGUGCGUGGUUCGUGUGUACAUCGUGUAUAUAGUGUGUGUAGGACCGGCAGCCGUCGGUAACCCGGCUCUCUGUCUCUGCCACCGGACCCGUUAUCCGGGCUCAGUUAACGGUUAGCAGCAGCGUUAGCAGCUAACGGCUAACAUAACAUGGAGGCGUUUCUGACUAGCUGCUGCAGAGCCGUGAAGGAGAACCAGGGUGGGGGUCCAGGGUUCCAUGUGGUUCUGGGGAACGAGGCCUGCGACCUAGACUCCAUGGUCUGUGCUCUGACCUAUGCCUACUUCCUGUCCAAGAGCUCAGGUGAGGACCAACAGGUGGUUCCUCUGCUGAACAUCAAACGGGUGGAGUUUCCUCUGCGCUCGGACAGCAUCUUCCUGCUACAGCAGCUGCACCUGUCUGCAGACCUGCUGCUGUUCAGAGACCAGCUGGACCUGCAGGACCUGAACCGGGCCGGGAGACUGAGGCUCACUCUGGUGGACCACAACGUGCUUCCCAGUUUAGACAGUGACCUGGAAGGGGCGGUGGUUCAGGUGAUCGAUCAUCACCUGCUGGAGAGACGACCCUCCCCUUCCUGUCACGUAACCGUGGAGAUGGUGGGAUCCUGCGCUACCUUGGUCACUGAACGCAUCCUCCAAGAAGCUCCACAGAUCCUGGACCUGCAGGUCGCUCACAUGAUCUACGCUGCAGUGCUGCUAGACUGUGUGAACUUGUGUCCCUCUGCAGGUAAAGUCACCCCCCAGGAUUCUGCUGUGGCUGCUGAGCUGCAGGUGCGUUUCCCUGAUCUGCCUCAGAGAGAGGAUCUGUUCCAGAGGCUGCAGGACGCCAAGUUCAGCGUCUCAGGAAACACUCUGGCAUCCCGUAAGAAGCUCCUCCCCCUCGUUAAGGACUUCCUGUCGGAGCGGGAAAGAGUCGGUUUCCAUGGAGAUGCGGAGGAGGAGUCCCGGUUCCCCCCUACCCCGAUGAACAGCCUGGUGGAUGGGUGCCCUCUGGACGGGGGGGGUCCACCGACUCUCAGUGCCCAGGACCUGCAGGACCAGUUCAGCAGGAUGGCCGACUCCGACCUCUGACCCCCUCUGGCCUCUGACCACCCCCCGGCCUCUGACCACCCCCCAACAUCCGACCUCUGAGGCCUGUCUGUCCUCUGCGGGGGGGGGGUUAUUUUGAAAAGCCAUUACAGAGCAGCUCCUUCAAAAUAAAGUGUUACUUUUACCGUU